AUGGAAGAGGAGCCAAUGGAGGUGGAGCCAGCCAUGAGCGAGACAAUGGUCCGCUCUAUCAGCGAGCUGGAGGGUAUGCGAGAAGGAGCGCGAGCGCGCAGGAUGCUGCUCGUGGACGAGCACCGGGUGAACCGGAUCACCGAGGAAGAGGAACGACUCGGUCCCCUACAAGACGAGGAGACUUCUCCGGUAGAGGAGACUUCUCCGGUCACGAUCUAUGUUCCAUCACCCCCGCCAUCCGAAGAGGAAGCGGCGGAAGGAGCCGAAGAUGUGGAAAUGGUGGAGCAGCCAUCAUCCCAUCGAGCCAGAGAGCCCACGAUGGUGGAGAGGAAGAAAGAGACCCCGCAGAGGGAGGAGAAAGCCCUGGAGGCAAAGUCCGACAGCUACGAGAUGAUGGGCAACGACCCAGAAGCCUGGCGACGCUUCAUGGAAGCAAGAGCAGCCAGGGACGCUGCAUUGAAGGCCAAGAAGGAGCACCCGAGCGGCCCGUCGUUCGGGAACCGAGUGGGCCACCUCCGGACUACCUCACCGGAGCGUCGCUUCGCGAGCUCAGGCUGGUUGACUUGGAUAUGUCGCCGCUUCGAAGGGUCAUGGCAGGCACUUGUGAACAACGAUGCCAACGACCCUUAUUGUCUGGUCUGUCAGAAACGAGCAGCAGAGUCCCACCUGAUGUCGGAGCCGCAUACCGAGAACAUGAAGAGCUACAUGGCGGUGGCGCAAUCCGAACAGGUGCCAGUCCGGCAGGUCCCUGUCGACUGGAACACCUGGAAGCAGGCGAUGGACGAGCCACUGGAGCUCGAGAUUGGACCCCGCCAGGGGAGAGGGUUCGCAGUCCACGCCCUUGGACCGGACAGUUCCAUGGGAUCCGAGACCGUACCGGGACCAACGACCCCGGACAACGGCAUGGAGAUUGUGGUCACGGAGAAGGCUGUGGGGUGCGACGAUCUUGGUGUCGGACUCCGACGAGGACAACUGGGGGGUGGCGACCAGCAAAUGCUGGAGCUGCGACACCGGACGCCACCCGCGGGCUGGAAGGAUUUGGAGCGUGGGUUGGUGACGGAAGCAGCGUUCGAGGAGCGCCGCCGCGCGCGAAGCCACGACAUCCUCAACGCCCAAGCCGAACGCGAGCGGGCGACAGCCAAAGCCCGCCUGAUUCUCCCACCGCCACCACCUGUGCCGAGUUUGCCACCGCCACCGCCGGUGCCGAGAUUGCCAAUGGAGAAGGAGACACCCAUCACCCAGCUCCAGGCUACGUGA